AUGGCGCUGUCGGUGCACGCCGCCGCCGUCGCCGCCCCGCGUCUCCUCCCCCCUCCCUCGCUCCACCGCUCUGCUCCGAGCACGGCGCCUCCUCUCCUCCCCCUCCUCCGCGCCGUCGCCUCCCUCCGCUCGGGCCCCAGCUCCUCCCGGUGGACGCGGCGGGCGAGCGUGCGGGUGCGCGCAGGCGCCGGCGGCGGAGGGCGGAGGAGGGAGUCCCCGUACGAGGUGCUCGGCGUGGCGCCGUCGGCCGCGCCCGCCGACAUCAAGCGCGCGUACCGGCGCCUCGCGCUCAAGUACCACCCGGACGUCAACAAGGAGGCGAAUGCUCAGGAGAAGUUUCUGAGGAUCAAGCACGCCUACAACACGCUGAUGAACUCGGAGAGCCGAUCCAAGUACGCGAGCAGCAGCAGCAGCAGCCCUGAUUCUUCGUGGUCUCCCGGGAGCAGCAAGCCAGCUGAUGCAGAAGAGGAUUUCUAUGGGUUUGGGGAUUUCCUUAAAGACCUGCAAACAGAAUUUCAGAACUGGGAGGCUGGCCUGAACUCAGAGCAGAAACCUAACAGCCUGUGGGAAGAACUGUCAGCGAUUGGUGAGGAGUUUGUUGAGUUCCUGGAGAACGAACUGAACAUCGACGGCUCGAGCACCGAGGAAGACGACGCGAACGAUCCGUACACGCAGUUUGGAGGGAAAGGCGGAAAUGCCCAGGGUGACAAGAAAGGAACAAACAGCUCCGACGAUGGCGUGUCCGACAUAGAGUCCGUCCUCGAGCAGCUGAAGAAGGAGCUUGGGCUCAGCUGA